AUGACUCCUUCACCGACCGCACCACAACACUCAAGAAACUCGUCAGCCGCCGAUAGCAUUCAUGAUUAUUCCCACACAAGGAGGCAAUCCAGAUCUUCUACCAAUGAUCCCGCGACCCCGUUUUCGAAUGACCUUGCCCAUCAGGAUAGCAUGGACCUCAGCGUCCUAGCUAGCGCACGUCCAGCGCCUGGCUUGGGGAAUCUAGCAGACGAGCUUGCCGAUGCGUUCUCCGACUCAAAUGACGAGGAGGAUGUGGAUUACGAAGACCAAAAAACUGCCUCAUUCUCAGGAAACAUCGAAACGAAGGGAACAACGGUCGACUGCACAAGAGAUGACAGAGCUGGCUUUAGUUCUACACCGACUCAAGAUAUUGCUAGUGAAAAUGGAAAAGACACGGGACUACUUUUGCCACACAGCAGAGGGCAUCAGAGGAAGACCUCGGAGUAUGACGGCAGCGAGUAUGGCUCGGAAUCAGACCUAGACGCGGCAGGCAUACCACCAACGUUAAUCGCCAAAAUCGAUGCCAUCGAGUCUCUGACUCGAAGGGGGACAGAAAAGUAUGGUGGCCCCGGCGACGAAGUGUUCCAACGAGUGACAGACGGUCUUCGAGACCUUGGCCCGCAGUCAACCAUUGAAGGAAGUGCGUCCAGGUUAAUAACGGCGCAUACAGCUCUCACUACACACCUUGCCCACCAAACUCGUCAGCUGCACGGCUUGACAUUUCCACUACUCUCUCCACUGGCACCUGCGCCAGAUAGUGAAACUAUUGAUAACCUGGUGCCUCUCCUUAUCUCGCUAUCGGAAGACAUGCCGAGGCCGUCGACAACAGCUUUCAAUUCCUUGGCGGCCCUUCACUCUAUCACAUCGGAAUUAAUCCAAACUUUGAACUAUCUUUCCGACACGCUUCACAUGUCCCGACAAACAACCGUCACGGCCACUAGAAGAUUGAAGAGCGCAAAGGAUCUCGUAUCCGAGAUGCGGCGUGAAGAGGAGCUACGGGAAGAGGGUGAGCGCUGGUUAACUCGCGGUAACUGGAGCCAGCGUCUUGAGAACAGAGAAUGUGCAAACGUCUGCGGGGAGGUGAUUGGGGGCUUUGAAGAUGUCUGCAAUGGCUGGCGACAACGGCUCCUUGCACAGACCGAGUCCAUCUAA